AUGCCCUCUCUACCUCCCACGUACAACAUUAUCCUUGUUGACUUUCCGGGCUUCGGAGAUUCGCCACUAGCAGGCGUCAGGAAACCACUUUCCGUCGAAGGGCUCGUUGUCGACUUGGCCGACCUUAUCGCAUCUUUACGAGGAAGCUCGAAUGGCUCGGCCUCGUCCAAGGUUGUCAUCUUUGGACAUUCCCUCGGCGCCAUUGUCGCGUUGCACUAUGCUGCGAAACAUCCGCAGUCUGUUGGAGGUCUCAUGCUACUCGGUCCCGGUCGAGCGGCUGGUCACGUCCCCGCUGUACAGCGGCGUAUGCUUGAUCUUGCGGCCGCGGUGAGAAAGGAAGGCAUCAAGUAUGCAGCGGAUAUUGCGACCAAGUCUAAUUUCUACGACAAUAGCCAAGACCGAAAGGUAGAUCCAGCAGCUCGAGAAGCCGUAAGGCUCGAUGUGAGCUCUGCGGACCCAGAAGCCUAUGCGCAAACAUGCGAAGCUAUUGUGGAUAGUAGCCACAAAGACCCGCAAUACCAAGCCAUCACAUGUCAUAUAGUCUUCGUGGCAGGAGAUAAGGAUAUGAUCAGUCCAGUGCAGCGGUCGCAAGAUCUCAGUAUAUUGGUUGGAGGAAAAAGCUGGGUACAUGUUGUGAAAAGUGGUCAUCAGCCGAUAUUGGAGGAUCUUUCUGGCGUUGAGAAAGCUGUGCAGCAACUAAUGGAAGCCGUCAUCGAAUGA